AUGGCGGCUCGGCUCCAGGCGUCUGAGCUGGACUGCGGAGCGGGAAGCAGAAAACUGUCUGGAAACACAGAGCCACAGUUUUCAGUCACCCACACAGAGACAGUCGCCUCCAGACAUUUGAGUCGCACUCUUAUUUUGUUUUUCAAGGGUUAUACAAAGUGCAGAAGAGAAACCGUGCUUUGUGGAGUCCCGCCCCCAGUAGAGAACGCCUUCUUGGUUGGUCGAAAACGCUCCCACUAUGAUAUUCACUCAGUGGUGCGUUACCAGUGCGUUGACGGAUUCCUGCAGCGCCACGUUCCCACCGCCAAGUGCCGCGCCAAUGGCAAGUGGGACCGACCCAAGAUCAUCUGCAUGAAGUCACGGAGGGCCCAUCGCUACAGACGUCACCACCACAAGAGCAGGAGGGAGCGCCGGAAGCACAAGAAGCAUGGCCACAGAGAGGGGGGUCACCAUGAGCACGGUCACGGCCAUUUCUGA